GGUGACGAAAUACUGUACGAUAAGAAAUGAAAGUUCAUAGAACCGAAAGAAUAAUAUAGGGCACUGUUGCCGUUCUUUAAAUUAGGGGAGCCGGAACAGAGCUCCAAACUUUAAAAUUAAACAUACCUGCUGCUAUAAUCAGAUAUUUGAAAAUUUAUACAAUUCCUCGUUACAUCAUUAAGGUUUUAAAUAUUACAAAGAGGGAUAAUGGUGGAGAACCGACAUUUUGUGUUACACGAAUCGAUGAUUCGUAAUGACGAGUCGGUUCAGUCGGAAACUGACAUCACUGGCUAAAUUUCUAGAUAAUCGACACUGAUUUCAGGAUAAACCGAUGAUGCAGCGAUUCGAAGAGAAGAUCGAAGCAGAAGAUGGAGGGCGUUUCUAUGCGCGGGCGGAGCAUGAGUCUGCGGCUUCGUUGGCCAACAGGUGGACCAAUCGUUUCAUGGAGAUUUUUCCAACCGUCUGGAAGCGCUGUGUUCUGAAAUUGUUAAAUUCGUUACUUGUUAGCGAUCAUUUUUAGAGGCAACAUUAAGAACAAAGUACUAAAGUGAAUAGAACUUACUUUUGAAUUGUUGAUUUAAUUUACCACAAUUUUUUAAACAAAUUUCUAUUGUUUAAAAAUAAUUUAUCCAAAGAAUAAAAUUAGAAUUAAAUAGAGUGUAAAGUAGAAUACUUAACAUUAAAAAUUUGAUCAAUAGUGUACCUAAUUCAAUUAAUUAUAAUAGUCAUCUAAUAAAUAAAAACCCUCCUCGAUCUCCUUCUAAUAAUAUCGAAGCCUAAUAAUAUCACAAAACAAUCCAAUAACCAUCCGCAAGAUUUUUCUGCAAUAAGGAAAUCUAAGAGGCUUAUGUAAUCAUUAUCAAUUACAAAGUGAUCAGCGUGUCUGAUAAUCAUUCUCAAUACCUAAAGCUUAAUGUCAUCAGGCGUGACACUGUAAAAUUGUAGACAUCUGCUAUUGGUCACGACCACGAGCUUCAAUGCUGAACUCUAAGCAGCAACCAAUAGAGAGCCAAGAUACAUCACCCUCGCUGGUUACGCCCACCAGGGACGAGGCUGGGGUCGUGACGGCGUGUCUCGCGUCAUCGCGUCGUAGCAAGCUUCCACCAGGUCCGAAGUUGAUCUCCGGGUCCAGUCAUCCGAAAACACUUAGCGGCGCAUCAGCGAAACGUCUGCCAAGUGGCAAGUCUAAAUAAUUGACCCCACCGUGCGGCACCGUGCAAACAAUUUACAUCGACCACACGUAAAUAACGACUUCUCCUCUUCCUUCUUAUUGUGAUUACCGAGUUAAACGCGUGGCUGCCACGCGAAUCGCUCUACGUCGUGGCAAACAUAAAUAAUAAAUAUACCGUGAACUGGUGGAUUGUUAAGAGGUGUCCAGUGGAUGCUAGCAACGAGAUCCUGAGGACAAAUUCGUUUGAUUUGAAAUAAGGAUAUCGUAGAUACUGUUACUCUAAAUCUAACGGUGCGGUGAUAAUUAGUGACAGACAUUUUGUGAGAAAAGUUACAUUAGCCUCGUGUUCGAAGUCGGUGAAGUGAACGUUUUUAGAAUGUUUACCACCGUGUGACCACUGACCAGGGACUUGAUGGAUCAGACAGUGAUAGUGCCGUCGACACCUCGCGGAACCAGCGUCGCCAUGAAAAACGAAUCGGAGACGAGUCUGCAUCUCCAGGAUCAAUCCACCGUCGCCCAUGCCAAUUCCAACUCGGUGGUUCCACGAACGAGCUUGUCGAUGACCAGCAACUCGAACCAAGACCAGAGUUUGGACCCACUGAUGUGCAAUCCAUCCAGUACGGAAUUACCAAGGAAGCCAGGUGCGCGUCGCCAGGAGAAACCACCCUACUCGUACAUAGCGUUGAUCGUAAUGGCGAUUCAGUCUAGUCCUGGAAAGAGAUUAACCCUCUCGGAAAUAUACUCGUUCCUGCAACAACACUUCCCAUUCUUCCGUGGCGCUUAUCAAGGCUGGAAGAAUUCGGUGCGACAUAAUUUAAGCUUGAACGAGUGUUUCAUUAAACUGCCUAAAGGUUUGGGCAGACCAGGCAAGGGUCACUAUUGGACGAUCGAUCCUUCGACGGAGUACAUGUUCGAAGAGGGAAGUUUCCGUCGACGACCACGAGGCUUCCGUCGCAAAUGUCAAGCUCUGAAGCCACAGUAUCCUCAAUACUUCGCCGGAAGUGGUCCGGUGGGUGUCCAGCCGUCCGGUUACGAGAAUCUCACACCUGGAAGCAUGGAGUACGCGAACGGUUACCAGAAUCAGUAUCAGAAUUACCAGGAGUACGCGAUGUACGCGCCUGGAGCACCGGUGUCAGCCGAUUGGGCCUACCCCGAGGCAACGUACAAGACCCCACCCAUAGCGGAGGUCACUUACAAGACGACGGAAGUCACUUACAAAACCGGGGAACCGUCGGUGUACAGAAACGGUGAGAUCGUGGCGUUCAAGAGCGAGCCAGGAUACGGGUCCAGGAGUCAGGAGCAACUUGCCUACAAGGCGGCUACGGAAGGAUUCUCUGUAAAGGAUCAUCAACAUCACGCGGACUCUGUUUACAAAGAGAACGAUACUAUGAUGACUUACAAGUGCCCGUCUAAUCCGGUACCGACUACUCAAGCAACCGGACAGGAUUAUUACGUCGGCUACGGGCUUCCUGGAGUGAACAAUAACGGGAGCAAUGUAAACGUCGCCAUGCAAGGAAUUCCGGAGCAGACUGGGAACAGUAGUCCUGUUGGAAACGUCAGCUCACCGCACAGCGGUUGUCAGACACCUGUAACGGAUAAUGAUAAUCGCGACGACCACACGGAAAACACUUUUUGCGGCCCUCUUGGGGUCGAGAUUCAGAAUAUAAGGUACAGACGAAUGCCGUAGACGAUUCACCUUUUCAAAGAAAAAAAAACCAGACAUCACGAGGUUAACACGAGAUCCCGGAGUCGAAGA